UACGAGCUGUUCGAAGAGAGAAUUGGAUGCCAACUUCCUAUUCACGACUUUGUUCGGAUCAUUUUUCUGAGGAUCAGAUUGACAGAACUUCAUUAUGCUGUGUAAGACUGAGAGAAAAUGCUGUGCCUAAUAUCUUCAAAGCAUUUCCACUUCACCUGCAGAAGACCAAAAAAACACGAAAAGUUCCUGCAGAACGUCUUCUUGAGGAUAAAAAGAAAGAGGAGCCUGUAUUAUGUGAACCACAAACUAGGGCAACGUCUGUUGAAUAUUCUCCAUGCAAGCAACAGCUGAAGCGAAAGCUGCAUAAAGCUGAAGAAUUAAAUAGUGUCUACAGAAAGAAAAUUAAGCUGUUGGAACAAACUGCACGUAGACAGAAAAGGACUAUCUGCAAUUUGAAAACUGUAUUAAAAGAUUUAAAAAAGAGCAGGAUAAUAAAUGAUGAUUAUCUGGACAUUUUAAGAAAAUCAAUUCCUGUUAAUGAAGAACUUCUUUUACGGGAAUUAGCAACGUGUGGGAAAGGCCAGUAAACCAAAACAUUACAGUAAAGAAUUAAAGGCUUUUGCUUUAACUCUUCAUUUUUAUUCACCUAAAGCAUACAAAUAUGUUAGAAAAACAUUCAUGUUUGCCACAUACCAAGACUCUAGCAAACUGGUACAAAUCUAUAAAUGCAGCACCUGGUUUUACAACUGAAUCUUUGAAUGCAUUAGAUAAUAAACUUAAGAGUACUUCAUACCAAUUGCUUUUUUUCAUUGACCAUUGAUGAAAUGGCCAUACGUAAACAUGUUGAAUUUGAUGGCCAAAUUUAUCAUGGAUACGUUAAUACAGGUAUACAGAAUGAUGAUGAUUCCCUUCCACUAGCUAGAGAGGCAUUAGUGUUUAUGCUAGUGUGUAUCAAUGGUAACUUUAAAAUCCCAGUUGGAUAUUUUUUAAUUGAUGGCAUUAGUAGUGAAACUAAAGCAAACCUUGUGCUUCAGUGUUUAACUGUAUUACACAAUGUUAACAUAAAAGUUGUAUCAUUAACAUGUGAUGGUUUAUCUUCGAAUUUGAAUAUGCUAAAACAUUUAGGUUGCAGAUUUGACAGUUCAGAUUUCAAUACUAUAUUUAA